GUAACGCAACAUAAACAACUUGCUUUAUACUUCUUCGCGAUCUGCUUUGCCGCGCUAAAGAUGGCGCAAAAUAUAUCUAAACGUUUCGCGAUAUUCCUGUUUUCUCUGCUCACCGCUUGUUGGAUUUGUUACACUAUUUUAACCAUGACUGGUUCACAACAUCUAUCAUCAUCAAGUCCCGAAUACAGAGGCAUUGAUGACAAAGUUAGAACUAUAUAUAAUGAAAUCCUUCGGAGUAAAAAUGCCCUGGAGGAUGGCAAUCAUUCAAGAAGUCUUCAGUACUACAUAGAGAAAUCAAAGAAAGAAAGAACGAAGAUUGUUUUCYUUUAUACAGCUUUCUUUGGUCAGAAACCAUGGGGUUGGAUGAAGAAUACUAAAAUGUUUAAUACUUGGGAAGGCAUUCAGUGUCCUUACUUCCGUUGCAGACUCACAUAUAGUAUUCACGAUUUUCUCAAAUCUGACGCUGUUGUAUUUCAUGCCAAGGAUAUGCCAGUAACAUUUGGCCUUCAUAGGCUCAAGGAAGCCAAACCAAGUGCUCAAAAAUGGGUAUAUUUCGCCUUGGAGAGUCCAAAAUACAAUCCAAAGGUGAAACGUUUGCAUAAUCUUUUCCAUUGGACACUUACAUAUCGUAGAGAUUCAGACUUUUAUUCUCCUUACGGGUAUUACCAUCCCAUUACCUCGAGAAAAAAUGAUACAUUUAUUGUUCAAGAUAUUGAGAACACAGUAAAGACAAAGGAUAAGUUUAUAUUCUGGGCCGCAAGUCAUUGUGGUAUAUUUCGGGAUAAGUACAUUCAUGAGCUAGCACAAUACGUAGACAUUAAUGUUUACGGGAAGUGUGGACCGUUUGUAGGUGUAAAUAAAACAGGCGAAUGCUACAUGAAUGAUCCCAAGUGUACCGAGCUUAAAAAGCGCCACAAGUUUCUCCUGGCGUUUGAGAAUUCAUACUGCAAAGACUACAUCACAGAGAAAUACUGGAAUGCAAUUAAGCUGGGAAUUGUACCAGUUGUUCUUGGRGGGGCCAACUACAGCGACCCAGAUCUCGCUAUUCCGGGUUCUUUUAUAGACGCAAGCUCUUUUAAAAGCAUAAAAAAGCUCGGUGAAUAUCUAGUUUAUUUAAACAAUAACGACGAAGCUUAUAAGAAGUACUUUCAAUGGAGAAGAACUUUCAAGCAAGUUGAUUAUGCACCUUGGUGGUGCUCGCUUUGCGCUGCUCUCUACAUGAACACCAAGAAAACACAUAUCGAGAAGUUAGAAAACUUUUGGAGCAUGCGACAAUGUCAUCUUGAUAGUAAAAAGCUUAAUGCUACCGUCAAGAGAUCCUAUCUAAUGAGGAAGCUUGCGAGGCCAUAACAAGAAUUUAGCCAGCUGAUUUCAUGCUUCCCUCGUGCAGAAUUGUACAUCCAAAUAAAUAUGUUUUUAAACAGGUUAUUGUGACUGAAUUAUUAUCCCGGCAUAGCUGGCUUUUGCUUUUUAAAAUCUAUAAAUCAAUUUUGAUAAAAAUUAAUACAACGUAGCAGUCUGUUGCAAGCAAGUUACCAUCUUCAAGUCGACUUGAAGUCGAAAMGUCUGCUGAAACAAAACACAGAUAGGUACUGAUAUGUCAGAAGUUUUCCAACUAAGUCAACAUCGAAGAUUUGUAAACAAAUCAAGAAUCAAAAGAAAAAAUAAUGUAGUUCAUAUAAUUUAAUUAACAGAAAAAUUAUAUAUCUAUUAUUACUUUA